AUUGCUGCGAUGGCACCGACGAGUGGGACAGUGGGGCCGGGUGUGAGAACACGUGCAGGGAGCGGGGCCGGCGGGAGCGCGAGGCCCGGCAGCGUUUGGCCGCCCUGGCCCGCGAGGGCUUCGCGCUGCGGCAGCGGCUGGUGCGGGAGGCGGCCGAGGGCAGGAGGGACAAACAGGCCCGGCUGGGGGGGCUGCAGGAGUCCCGGAAGGAGCUGGAGCAGCGCGUGGGGACCCUCCGGGCGGCCAAGGAGGCGGCGGAAGGCCCCGAACGGGCGGCCAGGGGGGAGCACCGCAGGGAAUGGGGGGAGCAAAGGGCGGCGGCGGCGGCGGCGCAGGACGAGGCUCGAGCGGCCGAAGCCUUCGCUGAGCUGGACACAGACGGGGACGGACGGCUGACGGGGGCUGAGCUCCAGGCCCACCCCGAGCUGGACCCCGACGGUGACAGCGCCUUCUCAGAGGCCGAGGCCGAGGCACUGCUGGGGCCCGGGGGGGCCGUGGAUUCUGGAACAUUCCGGGAGAGGAUCUGGGAGAGCGUCCGGGAGCGGCUCCGGCCACGGGGCCAAGCUGAGCCCCCCCAGACCCCCCCCGACACCCCCCUGGAUGAGACCCCCGCCCAGGAGGAGGAGGAGGAGGAAGAGCCGGAGGAGGAGGAAGAGGAGGAGGAGGAGGAGGAAGGCCCUGAUGAGGAGCUCAAG